AUGUUUAAUAAUUUUAAUGAAGGUUGUUUAGAGUAAAUUGAUGAAAAAUGUCUAAUUUGCUAAGAAGGUUGGAUUUAAGAUGAAUUUCUAGAAAAUUGUCAUCCUAUUUGUGGUGAUGGAAUUAUUCAAGGUUAAGAACAAUGUGAUGAUGGGAAUCUAAUAUCGACUGAUCUUUGUUAUUUAUGCAAAUAUUCAUGCAUACAAUUUUGUUCAAUUUGUUAAUUUGGAAUUUGUUUAUAAUGUUAAGAUGGAUUUAUUAUUAAUGCUAAAUUUAAUUGUGAUCCUUUAUGCGGGGAUGGUAAUUUAAUUCCUUAUUCAACUGAAUAAUGUGAACUGACAGUUAAUGGGGGAUAGGAUAAUUGUUUGGAAUGCAGAUUUAUACCAAUUGAAUAUUGUAAAACCAGCUACUUUUCAUUUUGCUUAGAGUGCGAAGUGGGAUUUUACAUAUAUGAAAACAAAUGUUUCCCUUAUUGCGGAGAUAAAUUCAUUCUUGAAUAAUAUGAGGAUUGUGAUGAAGAUAAUUAGCAACCUCAUGAUGGUUGUUUUAAUUGCAAAUUUCAAUGCAUUGAAGAUUGUAACAGAUGUGAAAAAGGAUAAUGUAUUUAAAAAUGUGAAGAUGGGUAUGAAUUUGUCAAUAACAUUUGUCUUUCUGUUUGUGGCGAUCAAAUUAUUACAAAAGAAGAGGAUUGCGAUGAUGGUAAUCUACAACCCUAUGAUGGUUGUUUUGAAUGUAAAUUUCAAUGCAUUGAAGAUUGCAACAGAUGUGAAAAAGGAUAAUGUAUUUAAAAAUGUGAAGAUGGGUAUGAAUUUGUCAAUAACAUUUGUCUUUCUGUUUGUGGCGAUCAAAUUAUUACAAAAGAAGAGGAUUGCGAUGAUGGUAAUCUACAACCCUAUGAUGGUUGUUUUAAUUGCAAAUAUUCUUGUCCAGAAAAUUGUUUUGAUUGCUAUUAAGGUACUUGUUUAGAGUGCAAUUACCAGUACUAAUUACUAAUUUCAAAUCAAUGCAAAAAGUAAUUAACUUGUGGAGAUGGAUAUCUAUAGGUAUAAGAGGAUUGUGAUGAUGGAAAUUAUUAAGCAGUUUAAGCUUAUAAAUAUCUUUUUGUGAAUAUGCUAGAAUAACAAUUUUAAAAUUAAAGUAAAUGGAAACUACAUAAAAUAUUACUAGGAAAAGUGAGAUUCAUUAUUUGUAAUAUGAUAAAAUAAAUGAUCAAAAAAUGA